AUGGAGCAAGCCGAUCAAAAUCAUCUCAACAAGUUCAAGGAAUUCAUUCGAAAACAGGAUGCUUCUAUAAGCUUGCAGUUCAAACCUGCCCAAGCAUUUUUCGGAAAUCAUUUGACUGAGCUGGACGCCGAUGGUACUGUUGCCAUCCGUAUCAACCGCAAGAACAAGUUGUACAUGCGUAUCAAGUUUGCGGGAGAUCCGGUCAUUGGUUACAAGACUGCCGAUGUCGGACUUUCUUUUGGUCAUAUCGAUCAAAUCAAGCUAGUGGAUGAGGAAAAAGAUAGGCCACCCGUAAUUAUUUUCACUCUUAGUCCAGGUGGUUUUGAACAGCUAGAUAAUGUUCUGCCCGGAUUAAAAGACGCGGCUGAGUCCUCAUUGAGAGGAUCCAAACCUACAUCGAGAAUGAUGAUGUUAUCAUUGGGAUUAUUCAAUGAAAAAGAUGACGAUUCACAUCUCCAAAUCGGUUUCAACGAUCAAGGAUUGGAGUAUUCAAAAUGUACCGACUUCGAUAAUGCCAAAAUUAUUCUGAAAGAUUAUAUUUCACCUGUUAUGCUGCAGCACUUCAAAGAGAAAGUCGCAAAAAAGAAAGAUGUAUCCACUGUCGUUCCUAUGGUGUUCGUUCAAGAAAUCGACAAUCAAGAGUUUGAUGUCUUUCUGCAACGUCAACGAAUUGUCUAUCAACAACGCACUUCUCUCUUCUCGAGAAUGAGCACUUAUCAGAACUGGCAUAUAUCGAUUCCUCUGAAUAGUGAAGCAUACUCGAAAGGUUCUGCCGUGGGAAUUGCCGUUCGCAAGCCAAACAAGCAGCAUAUCGAGGACUUUGAGAAAGUUGGAAAGUUGGUUCGGAAGAGGAAAAUCGAUGAAGGCCUCGAGAAGAAUGCCCACUGGCUGAAUCGAGAAGGAUGGGUACGUGUUUCUCAACCCGAGAAAGAGAACCAUGCUCGACCAGUCGGGGACCACAACGACCAACACAUUGAUAUGAAAGAUGCGGUCGGAUACACGAAUGGUGAUAACGGAGCACCGCUUUGCUUCCCAGCGAUGUUCGAUAGAACUAUGGGUAUCAGUCAGGAACCAGUUCUCCAAUACAGCACCAAUGGAUUCAAUCAGAACCCAACGAAUACAGUCGACGUGGUCCAAGUGACAGAAAAAAUGAGCAGUUUGGGAUAUAACUUUCCGAAUGGUGAUACCACGGAAUACUAUCAGCAAAACUGGGUGUAUCCGAAUUAUGGUAAAUUAAGUUGCUACUCGUCGUCAACCGAUGUAGAGGUUUCAGCGGCAAACAACAAUCUUCUAAAUAAUCAAGAACAAACCAUGGGCAUUAAUGAAGCGAGGGUUACAUCAUACGAUACUAAUGGACGUUUCUACGGUGUCGUAAUAUCGCAGGGUGACAAUGGAGUUCAAUCUUCCUCUAGCAGCUCACGGAAAUCGAGCUCAUCGCCGCCAGUUUCAACCCAACUAAAGAAAUCAACAAUAGAUGUGAGAGGAAUGGCUGGAUAUAAGUUAUGCGACUAUCCUUUGAAACCGAUAGAUGGUAUUGAUCCCGUAGAAAUUUCCAUCAAAGAUGUGAAAACGCUGGAUCGUAAAGAGUUUGUCAACGACGCUAUCUUAGCAUUCAUGCAGAAUUACAUUUACAUUCAUCGAAUGAACGAUGAUCUUAAAAAAAGGACUGUGAUGUGUAAUACUUUCUUCUAUCCACGAUUGGUUCGCGACUUGCCACAGCUGUGUUACUCGCAGCGUAGGCCCAUCAAUCUUGAGAAUGAUGCGCAAUUGGAGGAAAAUCUUCUCAAACUCCACCGUUGGUUCAAAAGAUACGACCUCUUCGGUAAAGACUACAUGGUCAUCCCAGUUAACGAAGAUCUUCACUGGUUGCUCAUCGCCGUUAUCAACCCAGCAGGUGCUAUCAUCGAUUUGGCUAACGAGAAUGAGUCUCGAAAUGCGCCGAAGACGUACAUGCUGUUCAUGGACCCGAUGAGUGGUCUUGACCCAACUAAAUGCAAUCAUAUGUCUUACUGUGUUAAAAGAUUGUUGAAACGAAUGUAUGAUCUAUACAAAGCUCCCGAAAAGAAGUAUGCGUCGGCAAAUCCUACAAUGUACGAUGAGAGCAGAGUGAUUGUGGUUCGACCGAAAAAUAUACCCAUCCAAGACAACUUUUUCGAUUGUGGAAUGUAUGUGCUACAUUACAUUGAAGGACUCUUCUGUUCACCGACUGGCCCUAUAACCGUGAAUCAAAUUCCGACUCUUGACUGGGCUGAACAUUGGCCAGAGGCUGAGAAAAUGUGUGAUUUGAUGCGAGACAAGGUUUACAAUUUGCUCAACAAAACGAUUGGUUCGGAUAAUCGGAGUCGUCUUGCUCAGUACGAACAGAUAUGCAGAUGUGGAUUGUCUCGAGAAGGGGCGCUCAGAAAUGGCCGCCGCCACAGUGCUCCUCACCCUCGUCGCACACCACGUCAUCUGGAUUUCUAUCGUCGUUGCUAUUCAUUGAAUCCACCAAACAAAAAUAUCAUCAAUGAUGAGCCGAUGUUCACUACCCCGCGUGGGAUAGCUAUAAUGCCUUUGACACAGCGAGUUCGUAGUUUAAGAAAACCCGAAGAAGGAUUCCCAUUAGCAUAUUAG